UUAGGACGUAGGGAUCAAUAGGUAUAUAGAUAAUAGAUAGGUAUGGCCUACUGGCCUAGUAUAUAUAGAGAUGGCCCGGCUCAACACAUUGGUACUCCAUCCAUCACAUCCCAAUUCCAAUUAGUGGCAAUAGUUAAUUAUUAUACCAAAUUCCAAAGUAAAAUAAUGAUGGCGCUUUCCAGCAGCAGCUUGCUCGUGUUUUUGUUUGCAGCGGCGGCCGCCGCCUGUGCGGCGAGGGCGGCGCAGAAUGCGACGUGGGGCACCGAGGACAGCGCUAUAAUGGAGCAGCUGAGAGCAAGUGUGAAGUGGUUGCCGGGGGUCCAACCCGAUCCAGUGAAUGCCUCGUCCAGUCCCUGCAACUGGACUAGUGAUCUCGUGACCUGCGAUGAAGAAGGCAGGGUUUAUACGAUCACGCUGGGGAAUAUUGAUAUUAGCGGCGGCACUGUGCCUCCCACCAACCAAAACGACCUCCCCAACUUAGGCUACUUCGACGUCCCCCACUGCAACCUUGAAGGCGUGAUUCCCAACUUCACCGGCUCGCCGCAGCUCCAUUCACUGGUGGUUGGCGAAAACGGGUUCAGUUCGAUCAUAUCGCUCCCGGCCUGUUCGACUCCAAGACUGAGCUCCAAUUUGUUGAAAUGGACGACAAUGACCGGCUGGCACCAUGGGAGCUCCCUGAAGGUCUUAAGAGCUCUUCAAAACUCUCGUCCUUCUCUGCCGCUGGUUGCAACAUCCAAGGGCCCCUCCCACCCUUCUUCAACGUCAGCUUGGUGGGUCUUUACCUGUCGAACAACAAUUUGUCCGGCGACAUCUCUGCGUUACAGAACUUGACUGGACUCGAUCAAAUCGAACUGCAACACAACCAGUUAUCCGGCGAAAUACCCGACUUAUCCCGCCUCCAAUCGUUGAAGUAUCUCUACCUCAAUAAUAAUAACCUGACCGGUCAUAUCCCCGAAAGCCUUAAAACUUUGCCCUAUCUUGUGGAGCUGGACCUUUCAAAUAAUCAGCUCGCCGGCCCUCUCCCUACAUUUCCCAGUGGUGUGACUGUUGUGAUAUGCGGAAACCCGGGUUUUGAUCCCUGCUAGGUUUCUCUUGCGGUCUUCCGACCUCUGUCCGUUGGGGCGGACAUGUGUCUGUUUUUAAAUUACUCCGGAUAUGAAACUAAGGUUGUUAUACAUGCUAUAUAUACAUCUUUAUAUAUAUAAAAAGGGGACCGUCUGUCCCCUAACUGUUCCCACCCAGGCAAUUUA